UCAAUUUUGUUUACACCCCUCUUUCUUUCUUUUGUGAUUCUGAAUUCUGACUUUUCCGCACGCAGUUUUUCGUUCUCGGGAAGUUCGAUCGCGGUGUUGUGAAAUUGUACAGCAGUGGAAAAUUAGCUGCGUCAAACGACAUCAAAUACAAUUUCGUCAUCAGUUGUUCCCCCGCCCGGCACAAGGCCAAGCCAAAACACCACCAUGGGAAACUCUGUGAGUGCCAGUCCGGUAGCGGCUCUUCCCGCAGGGACCACCACCAGUAGCAGCCCAACGUCGGAAGCCAAGCCAGAGAAACCCAAGUGCAAGGCGUGUUGUGCCUGUCCGGAAACGAAACGGGUUCGCGAUGCCUGCAUAAUGGAACGAGGGGAGGAACAGUGCGGGGAUCUGAUCGAGAAGCACAAACAGUGCAUGCGGGACAUGGGAUUCAAUAUCUAGGAUCUCAUCUGAGGAGGACGCGUUUUGACUGAUUUUCCGAAUUGUGAGCCAAAUUCCUGUUGAGCAGCAGCCAUUCGAAACUGAAUUCUGGGCUUUAGUUUGUGAGAUGUAUAUAGGAAGAAGGCCUUUCUAAUUGGGCUUUAAUUUAUGUGUAUUAGUAUUACCUCCCCCAACUUCGAUUGGUUUUCGUUUUGUACUUAAAUUGCGGUCAUAAAUAAAUUAUGAUUUAAGUACAA